GCGGCAGGAGCCAGAGGGACAGCCGGCCACUGCACCUUCGGCAGCGCCAGCCUCCGCCGCUCACCUGGCCGAGCCACUGGCAGAGCCGGGAGAACAUGGAGCCCGACAGGAACCACAUAAAGCUAGACCCCAGGUACACCGCCGAUCUCCUGGAGAUACUGAAAACCAAUUACAGCAUCCCCUCCGCCUGCUUCUCCCACCCACCCACCGCAGCCCAGCUCCUGAGAGCUUCGGGCCCUAUAGAAAUGGCCCUUACGGUCAUCAUGACCCUGCUCACGCUGGGCUCCAUCGCCAUCUACCUGGAGGACGCCGUCUACCUGUACAAGAACACCCGGUGUCCCAUCAAGAGGAGGACUCUGCUCUGGAGUAGCUCUGCACCCACGGUGGUGUCCGUCUUCUGCUGCUUCGGCCUCUGGGUCCCUCGCUCCCUGAUGCUCGUGGAAAUGGCCAUCACCUCGUUCUACUCGGUGUGCUUUUACUUGCUGAUGCAGCUCAUGGUGGAAGGCUUUGGUGGGAAGCAGGCCGUGCUGAGGACCCUGGAGACGACACCCAUGAGGAUCCACACGGGUCCCUGCUGCUGCUGCUGCCCCUGCUGCCCACACCUCAUGCUCACCAGGAAGAAGCUUCAGCUGCUGAUGCUGGGCCCCUUCCAGUAUGCCUUCCUCAGGGUCUCGCUGUUCGUGGCUGGCCUGUUCCUUGUCCCUGAUGGCAUCUUUGACCCAUCAGAUAUCUCCGAGCACAGCACGGCUCUCUGGAUCAACACUCUGCUCGGCGUGUCCACCCUGUUGGCUCUCUGGUGCCUGGCCAUCCUUUUCCGGCAAGCCAAGCUGCACCUGGCUGAGCAGAACAUGGGAGCCAAAUUUGUUCUGUUCCAGGACCGCCAGUCUCCUCAGCCCCCCACGUACUGA